UUCAUUUGAAAUGGAGUUGCUAACAUGGCCUCCACUUUUGAGAAGAUUUUAGACGGGCAAAUAACGUCGGAUGACUUAACCGAUUUCUGUCAGAUUGUUACUGAUGAGCGUGAAAAAGAGAAGUUAAAACAGCACAAUAUUGGAGAGCUGGUCCCCUUUCUUCUCAACUACCUCAGAGAAAAAACCUUGCACCACUUGACUCCGCGACAAAGUGCUGCACCAACACCCAAGAAGACAUCAGUGUCCCAUGGCAAAGGUGCACCAGAAAAAGCUGUCAGUGUAGGAAAGGGGUCCUCUAGGGGGAAUUUGUUCCCUCCACAGAAAACCCCUUCUCCAUCCCCUGGUACUCCUUUGUCACAAAGUCGAAGAGAUAAACUACAUGAGCAAUAUUCUUCACCCUCUUCAUCACCAAAUUUCAAGCGAAAAUCCUCUAAAGAGAAGGCAAAUGAGAAGAUUUCACCACUGGUUACACGACCAAAGUUAAAUAUUGAUGAUCCAAAUGAUUUCCCUGCUAUAGGAUUGACUAGCAAAAAAGUAACACCUUCACGGAGAAUCACACCAACACAAGUCAAAGGUGAUGGUAAAAAGGGAAAAUCUUCACCAUCAUUCUCAUCAUCAUCAUUUUCCAACUCGCAUUCUAUGCUGGACAGCCAUGGAAGUCCAGCUUCUUUACAAGAAGAAAGGGAUUUGUUGAAACUUAUGAAAUCCAAAAGGAGAAAUAAAGGGGAUUCCCCUUGGGGAACUAGAACUAGUCCCAGUCCCCAAACUGGGAUCAGAUCCCCACCACUUCAUGUCUUGGGAGAUUUCUUUGUAACUCCACCAAAACAUGCAACCGCAAUGCCUGAUCCCUGGCAAAAGAAUAAUUCAAAACCAGAUGACAGUUUGAUUUCAACACCUUCUCCUUAUAAGUGCCCUAAUACAAAUGAAGCUUCUGAUAUCCUGACUACAGACCGUGGAAGUUGUCAACAGUCUGAGAAACAAAGUUCUAUAGAAAAGAUUCAACCUGUACAGGCAGUGAAAGACAAAGUCAUUUUUCACAAUAAACUGGAUGCUCUGGCUAAAAUUUAUUCGAGAUGUAUAAUGGAAAACUUGGUUCCUAAUGUUACAGCAGAAGUAUAUUUUGUGAUACAACUGUUGACUGCAAGAGGCAUUGCUCCUGAAUCAAGGCAUGAAGACAAUCAUGGUAAUAAUGCAGAUGAUCAAAAUAUUCUGGAUACAAUACAUAAUUGCACUUACUUUGCUGUCACUGUGCUGGAAGAGAUUAAGGGAUUAGUACUUCUGUUGGACAAGGAAACUCUACGUUUGUUGGCUGAUAAUCCACGGAUUGCAGAUUUUUCACCAAGUCUUAAAGAGACAUUUCUCCAACAGUACAAAACCUACUCAGUUAAAAAGGGAUGUAUUUUAUGAGCUUGUGCGAGAGUGGGAGGAUUCACACUUGGCAGCAGGAUGGAACAUGGAACAACACAUGGGAGACAGGAUAAGGGCUUUGGUGAAUCAGAAGCCAGAACUAGCCAAUUAUUCCCAUUUUGCCAGGCUGUUUAAAUCUCAAUUACUACAGAUGUGUGAAGAGGAGAGGAGUAGAAGUGAUUUUCGUUCAUCAAGUAUGCUCAGCAGUUUGCAAAAGUCAAAUCCAGAAAAAUUUCAGAGGCUUCAAGAAAGAUUCAUCACUCCAUUAUCAUCUGGAGGCCCAUGUCCAGCUCCCAGUUUUAGUAAUGUGCAAGAAUUCUUCAAGGGGUUCAUACAAUCUGCAGCCAGUCAUUCAUUUAAUCAGCAUCUGAUAGACUUACUGAUUGUUAAAAUAACUGAGAUCAACAAUAAAGAAUUUCCCUUGUCAGAUAUUGAAGAAGGCAGUGACAAAGAAUUAUCAAUUCAAAAUCAGGAACUAAAGCAAGAUUUUUCCAGCUGUUCACUGAAAAUAAGAAUUUUGGCCAAGUUUCUUGGGUUUUUGUUAUUCCAGCCUUAUCAAGGCACAGAAACUUCAUCACAAGUAAUCGUGACUGACACUCUUAAAUUAAGGAAUAGGAUUCCCAUUUACUUUGACAUUCUCAGUUACCUCAAGAAGGCCCAGUGCAGUGGGAGACUGGUGUUUACAGUACCAUGGGCUGUAGAGUACCUCAGUAUGAUGGACCCUUUGGCUCCCCUUCUAGACUACUUUUCUGUGGUCCUCAAUUUUCUUUAUAGGAUUUACAGAAAAAGUGCUUCUCUGUUUUCGAAAAAAGUUUUGAACCAUAGCAAGUUACUCUUGAUGUCAUGUCUGGGAUGGCUUUUUGAAAUACCAGUCAUUCCGGCCACAUUCUUCUUCAAAAGCCUGACAGAUGUGAACAACUACAUUGAAGAUGAUCUCGAAAGAAAAUAUUCAGAUGCUAAACCCAGUCUGGACUCCAGUGGUAUUGUGGACCAAGCCAUUCUCUACGUUUGCUGUCCUUACCUUAUUGUAAUAAGAACAGUGUUGGUGGAAGCAGCAGCUGGCAUGUCUGGAAGGUCAGGCCCAGUUAAAAAGAUAACACCAGUUUCUGCUGGCGAACCAACCAGCAGAUCUUCCUCUCACAAACAGCUGCAGCUUCAGUUGGAAGAAAACUUUUUUCGCAUUCAGCCUGAUUUCCUCAAGAGACUAUCUGAUUUUACAGUGGAAAGAUUAUGCAGCAAUAUUAUAUCUCACAUAAAACCCUCCCUUUUGAAUGAAGGAGUUCAGAGAAUUCAGGCGUUCUUGGAUAGUGAAUUCUCUGCAAACACCAACACUUAUCAGGCGAAGGAAAAGUGCAGGCCUCAUGUCCUCAAGAUCAUUCACUCUGUGACUGAUGAUGGUGUGAAAACAGCCUUGGAGUCCGUGGAAUCUUCCAAGGAGAAGAGCUUGAAAGCCUUUCAAAGCCUUUGUCCUCAGGAAAUGAACCCCAAGGUAGUCACGACAGCGGCAAAUAUUACCACAAGACUUGUUAAAGAAAAAACCAUGGACUGGAUUAAUACAUCUUUUCCAAACAUUAUGGAGGAGGAGCUGUUUGCUCAGUUCAAUAAGAUAGCAAACUCUAUUAUGAAUUUAAAAUCCAAGGAACAGAAAGGGAAUGUGGAACCUAAUCCAUUCAGUAAGGACGUGACAAAGAUGUCUGAAGAAGAGAUUGAGAGGCAGGUGGAUUUUUGUAAACCAGUCGGGGUAUCUGGAGAGACUAUUAAUCCUGCCAUGAAAAUCAAGGCGUUACAGCGUGUAGAUCUGCAAAGGGGGUGAAUUUUGUUACAAAAAAUUCCUGUGGUGUCUUCGACAAUCUGUGGAUAUUAUGGACCAAGUUAAAAGAUGUCAGUUUUCCCUUCUCCUUUCCGUUCUAAACCAGAAGUUUUCAGACAACGCUGCUGUGUCUACUUUGUUGAAAGACUGCAUCAAGGACAACUCUGGGGUCAUUUUAAUGUCAUAAUAAAAUAUCUGUAUUCCCUCUGCGGUUCAUAAUUAUACACGUCAUGAUGACGCAAGGAAAGAUUAACGAACACGGGAUCUGUGAUGAGGAAAGGCUGAAACUGUUUGGGGCUGCGUCGGUGGGAGUAACAAAAUAAAUUUGGAUAUAUCAACAAAGUUGAAAUGGUAAAUUGGCCACCGUAACGAUUACAAAAGCUGACGUUUCGAGCGUUAGCCCUUCGUCGGAGCGAACCAUUGUAAUGAGGAAAGACUAACUGACUUUUCAUACUCAUUUCUGCUGUAAUUUGCCUUUGACGAGCGGUCUCUUUUAAUUUGUUUAACAGUCGAUGUUGCGAGUUGCAAACUGUUCUGAAACAGAAGAAUACGAAAGGAUUUAGGCCACAUGAUGUAAUCGUGAUUCGUGAACCAUUUUGUUUUGCGUGAUGAAUUUCAAUUAGAACAAAGGGAAAUAUCACAAGGAAUCAAUCAGAACAAAGGUAAAAACAAGUAAACUGCCUGAAGCGCGGGAAAAAGCGCGGGACCAAGUCGCGUUUGGUUUCAGUUUUGAAUCUGAUUGGUUGAGAAAGUGACACGAGCUUUCUGGACCAAGCACAGAGCGAAGUAAAGCAGAAGCAAAGCAAUUCUGGUUUACUCACGACACCCAAUUGAAAAUUGCACUGUUGCAUCUGAUUGGUUGAGAAGUUGGCGUGGAUUCUCUACACUAAUCGCAUUAAACCAAAGCAAUCCCGAAUUCCUUUUAACAUACAAGUCAACAUUGCAAUUAGCAGGGAGGAAAUUUCGCUCACCUCAACAACCACAAAUCUUACUCUAAAAACACUUAAACGUCUUUAACUGUGUUAAACAAAAUUGUUAAAAAAAACUGAAGAUAGCUCUGUUGCAUCUGAUCGGUUGAGAAGGUGGCGUGGAUUAUCUACACCAAUCAUAUAAAACCAAAGUAAUCCCAGAUUUCUUUUCAAAACACAAGUCAACAUUGCAAUUAGCAGGGAGAAAAUUUCGUUCACCUCGACAACCACAAACCUUGCUCUAAAAUCACUUAAACGUCUUUAAGUGUGUUCAGUUUUUCUGUAUUGUGUACACAUUAGGUGAUAUUAAGCCCAAACUCACGAAGCCGACCUGGCCGUAUAAACUGUACAUUCCUUUUGCAUGUAUAAAUUAAGAUAAUUCAAGUUUCCAGAUUCUCUCUCCUCUGUAGGAUUUCCAAACAAAAUUAAAGUCUACUUUUGGUGAUUUUAA